AUGUGCUGUCACUGCCGGCUCUCGCAGAAUUCGGUGUUAGAGGUGGAGGCUGCUGAGGAGGUUGUGAUGGCUACUGGCGAGCUGAACCCAAAUCACUACCCCGCUCAGAGGGCGGCCAAGGUGGUCCAACACUACCUCAACACGCGCCACGGGUCCCCGUACCGACUGUUUGGCCUGCAGCGCGUCCACAGCGGGAACGCGGAGGACGUGGCCGACUCCGGGAGAAAGUACCAGCUGGAGAUUUCAGUGCACGAGAUCAUCAGCAAUACGACGCAGAAGUGCUCAGCAGAGGUUUUCUUUCCACGAGGGGAAAAGCAACUCUCUGCCCAGGUCAAGGCCUCCCCGUGCGAGGAACUCCUGAGUAACGACGUAAAAGCCCAAGAGGAGGCCUUAUACCAGCGGUACAGCAGCAACCAGAGCCUGAUGUCGGCGGAAUAUUUACCUGAUAGCUACGGUCACAUAGAGCCGGACAUGAAGCCUUUCUGGCACCUGGCCAUCGUGGCCUCCAGCUCCAUCAUGCUGAACGAAUCCACAGAAAACACCCUGUACAACAUGGCUCAGGUGGCCAACAUCACACAGCUGGCGACUGAGAACGAACAGCUAAAGUUUCAGGCCCACAUUCUGCUGCAUGAGAUGGUGUCCCAGGAAAUCCUUCACUGGAAGCUGCUGUUCAGCUGGUCCUCUGCAGGAGGAGUGACUGUGCUGCAGACGGAGCAGCUCCCUCACUGCCACGAGUGUGAAAAACCUCCGGCCACAAGCUAA